CAACGAUUUCGUUGUGUGAUGAACUGAGGGGGGUAAAACGGGCGAACGACCCACCAAAAGUGUUUUGUUUCCCUGGAAUUAGCAAAUUGACGUGAAAAUCAUCGCUGAACCCCUUCAGUCUUCGCCCACUGGUCAAUUUCCACAGAUCCGUCAUUUUGUACGACAAUUCCCACGUCGAACGGCCUAACUAGACUCACUCAUCACUCUCUCAUUCGUCUAUCCACUCGAGUCGGAAAUGGACUCAAGUUGCUGAAGGUGUUGGGUAAUUUCGUCUCCUGGACACUCAAUCCCACGAUUUUUCCCGUAAAAUGAGGAGAGAUUUUCACUCUCCUGGGGUUCAUUAUCGCGAGAAUUCGUUGUUCUGGUGGUGAUAUAAAUGUUAUGUAAAAUCGAUCGGAGAAUUUCGCAUUAAGGACUGCUUGAGGAUUAUGUCAAUGCUCUGAGAACAAAAUGUCUGAUGGUAACGCAGCUAUGGACUCGAUGGACUCGGACGAGGACAUCUUCAGCGCGAGGCCCAGGAGACUCAGUGGUAGAUCUACACACAGGGUCAUGAGGACACAGCCUGGGGUCAGGAGGAGCACCAGGAAUAGAAUGCAGACUUAUGAUAAUUUGAACACCAGUUGGAUACUAGGAACUCAAACCCUGAAAGGCUACCCGAUGUUCCAGAACCACGCCUCGUCCUCCGACAAGGAGAUGGCGGACGAUCCCCCUCGCGAUCUCCGCGACCGCAUGCCCCUGCGUUCCCGCGAGAACCACCCCCCGCCGUCAAAGUCCACGCGCCACAUCCGCGACCGUUCGACCCUCCCGCGUGAUCGUGCACCCCUCCCCCGUGACCGCCCCUCCCUCACCGAGCCGGAGUCCAAGAACCUCCGGGAGUCCCGCCACCCGCCCAAGGACCUGAUCCCAAAAAUUACAACGCGAAGUAAAUCCGAAGUCCCGAAGUCGCCCUCCGAGGAGAAAGAGGUCGUCCGAACCCGCAAAACCGACAGUCCAAAUCGCCUCCGCGAGGGCCCGGUGACGCGCCUCUGCGGAAUGCUCGAUAAAGACGAGAAAAUGAAAUCCGAGCCCCCGGAGAGGAACGACGACAGCUCCCAGGAGUCCGAGAAGCCCGAGAACAACGGCAAUUCCGACAAUGACGACGGCUACGAGGACAUGUACACUAGGAUAAAGAGGACGCGCAGGACCUCCCAACGGCAGUUGGACCGCAGCAAGAAGAUGUCGGAGAGCGACAUGAGCGAGUCGUCGGACUCACCAGGGCCACGGAAAUACAGCCUGCGUCAGAAGAAGCCCACGGUGGACAGAUUCCAGGCGAACGCUGAGCCUGGGAGAAGAUCCAUCCGCGCGCUUCGGAGUGUUCUGACCAACUCCAUGCGCAGGAGGAAGCAUCGGAGCAAGAGCUCGUCCUCAUCGGACUCUGAUGAUCCCGAGCCCCAGAGGUAUGACAAGAAGAAGGGGAAGAAGGCUCGGCAGACAGCUGUUCCCCAGGGCGGACCGCCCGACAAGAAGGCGGAUAUCAGCCCGAUUACGCUCGAUACAAACAUCAGAUUCAACGACGUGGGAGGAUUAGAGUCCCACAUCCACUGUCUGAAAGAGAUGGUGGUGUUUCCCAUGAUGUACCCAGACGUAUUCGACAGAUUCCACAUAACUCCACCGAAAGGGGUCCUCUUCCACGGUCCCCCCGGCACCGGUAAGACCCUGAUCGCAAGAGCCCUAGCCAACGAGUGCUCCCAGGGCUCUCGAAAGGUCGCUUUCUUCAUGAGAAAAGGAGCUGACUGUCUCUCAAAAUGGGUCGGCGAGUCUGAGAGACAGCUGAGACUUCUGUUCGAACAGGCGCAACAGAUGAAGCCCUCCAUAAUAUUCUUCGAUGAGAUCGAUGGCCUGGCGCCUGUAAGAAGCACCAAACAGGAUCAGAUUCACGCAAGCAUCGUCUCAACACUUCUGGCUCUGAUGGACGGCCUGUCUGAUCGAGGGGAGGUGAUUGUGAUUGGUGCCACAAACAGAAUUGACGCCAUUGAUCCAGCCUUGAGGCGACCUGGGAGAUUCGACAGAGAGCUCUUCUUUCCAUUGCCUGCGAUGAAGGAAAGGCUGGAGAUUCUGAAGAUUCAUGUGGCUAAAUGGCAGACCCCACCCACUGAAGAAUUACUCCAAGUUCUUGCUGAGAAGACAACUGGCUAUUGUGGGUCUGACCUGAGGGCUCUGUGCACUGAAGCUGUCCUCCAGGGGCUGAGGAGAACCUACCCUCAAAUAUAUAGAACGAGCAAUCGACUGCUGCUUGAUCCACAGAGGGUGGAGGUCAAGAAGAGGGACUUCAUCGAGGCCAGUUCGAUUCUUGUGCCUUCGUCACACAGAGUGGCUCCCAGUGUCAGCAGGAAACUCCAGCCGUUUCUCAUUCCGCUGUUGGGACCUGCUUUGGAGGAUCUGGUCAAUGCUGUGAAGGCCAUUUUUCCUCAGGGGAUCAAUCCUGCAUUGGCGAAGAUCAAGGUGGCUAAGGGGAUUCACAGGCCUAGGAUGUUGGUCACUGGGGAUGACAGGUCUCACGGCCAAGGCCCCAGACUAGCCCAGGCUCUACUGUACAGAAUGGAGCACGUACCAGUGCAGACACUCGACGUCAGCACGUUAUUCGCGGAGAGUGCGAGAUCACCCGAGGAGACCUGCGUCCAAGUGUUCAACGAGGCGUCCAGAAACAUCCCCUCGAUUAUCUACAUCAGAUCCAUUGACCAGUGGUGGCCACUGGUCCCCGAGACUGUCAAAGCGGUAUUCAUGUGCAGAAUUGCAGCCCUCGAUCCCUGUCUGCCUAUUCUGAUCCUAGCUACGAGUGAUGUGGACUAUCGAGAGCUACCGCCCAAGGUGAAGAAUCUGUUCAGCGAGCUGAGGGGCGAGGUGUACACUAUGAAGAGUCCCGGGUUGGAGCAGAGGGAGGAGUUUUUCAGGCCUAUUUUUGUGGAGCAGAGUCUGAAGGGACCCAUGGUAAAGGACGACAAGGUGAAGGAGAUGGAGGAGCUGCCACUGGCGCCUGAUCCCAUGCCAAAGAAACUUAGUGAGGAGGAGGUGAAGGUCCUCAGGGAGAAGGAGGAGGUGUCGUUGAGGGAACUGAGGAUCUUCUUGAGGGAAAUCUGCGCGAAACUCGCCAGGAAUCGACAAUUCUUCAUGUUUACGAAGCCCGUGGAUACAGAGGAAGUACCAGACUACAAUUCAAUUAUCAAACAGCCUAUGGACCUCGAGACUAUGAUGACGAAAAUCGAUAUGCACUGUUAUCUCUGCGCCCGAGAUUUCCUGGAUGACGUUGAUCUCAUUUGUAGAAAUGCACUGGAGUACAAUCCUGACAGCUUGCGCGAUAGGCCCUCCCUUGGGAUACUGAAGAGAGACCCAGCAGAUAAGCUGAUCCGUCAUCGUGCCUGCUCCCUCCGCGACAAUGCCUACGCCCUCAUCAAAGCCGAACUCGACUCUGACUUCGAGGACAAGUGUCGAGAGAUAUCGAAGAGUCGCAGGGCCCCUGAGGAUCUCGAGCCCGAGGGCAAUACCCGAGCAACGAAGCCCGAAAACGGCACUAACGACAGUAAAACCGAGAAGAACUCGAGUCCUGGGGCUUCGGCGGUGCUGAACGGCCGGAAAUUGAGCACCUCGAGGAAGAGAAAGGUGCCAGCUUGGGCCAGGGGCUACGUGAAGAAGGUCACGAAGAAGAAGAAGAUCAUGUUCGAGGAGAAUCCGAACGACAGUCCACCGAAGGGAAAUAAUGGCACUAGAGUUGUGGAUCUGGAGAAAUUCCAGGAGUUCGAGGCUAAUGCUGUUGUGAUGAAUGGGGACUCAACUAUUUACGACAACACUGAGUCUGAGAAUGAGUCGGUUAACGAGGGUAAUCACAGGGAAGUCGUUAUUGGGAGUCAGGUGGAGGUGAUUAGUGAUAAGGGGGAGAAGGAGGGGGAGAGCAAGGAGGAGAAACCGGUGGAGGAGAAGCCUGUGGAGAAUGGUGAGUCACACAGCUCCUCCAGGAGGGAGAGCACUGAUGAUCUCACAUUCGCUGUCGACUGCGAUUCUAGUCCAAAGAGGAUGGGCGAGGAGAAGGUGGUCGUCGAUGAGGGGGAGCUGCAGGAGGCGUGGAGGCACACGGUGGAUGUUACCAGGGAACUGCCUGUUGAGGUACUGUGCGAUAUCUAUGUACAGCUCAGCAGGUGUGUUGGGAAGUAUGAUAAGAGUUACGACAGGAGGACACUGCCAAAGGAUUUGCUCAAGGAACUACAGAGAUUCGAAAAUCCCGCCGAUAAUCCAAUGGACACGUCUGAGAGAGAAUGUAACGGUUAAAACUCUGUAAAAAAAAUCAAUACGUAUCAUUAAUGUCACUCAUUUCGACAAUUGGAUCUCACUGCUGCGCAUCACGUUCCACCGAAACUGCCGAAAUCAUGGACAAUUAUUUUUCGCCGUCUACUCGUCCUCGUCAACAAUAUUUUUGUCAUGAUCGAUGAAAAUUGUACAUAAUUACCUUACUUUUGUAUUUUCGUUCUUUUGUAUUUCGUAUUAUGAAUUCUGCGGAGAUUCUGAAUAAUUCAAAUGCAGUUGUUCAUGUAAUUUAAGAUCUUCGUGAUUAUUAUGAUCUUUAUUAUUACAGUACAAUCAUUUUUUAUCUUUAAAUGCUUGUACUUACUCGUUUGUUCCUCUUUUUUUUCUUUUUUUUCUUUUUUUUUUUAUAUAGAAACCAAAUGUCUCGAUCGAAAGGCAAUUUAUGAUAAUUAGGAAAAUUUCAUUGCCAAUUAGAUUGUAAAUUCAAUUUUGAAUGAAUAGUUGUCUGAUAAUUGAAAUUAAAGAUGUGGAAAUUUAAUUGCAGAGUCGAUUUUUCACAUUUUUUUCGGUAAAUUUUCAUUAAUUCGAACACUAAAUCUCUAUUCGUUCAUUAUUUAUUGUAAAAUUAUCUCGCUAACGAGUGAUUUCGCGAGAAAAUGUCUCGACAUGAAUGAGUCGUCAUAAAAUGAAAUAAAACAAACCAAAAAAUAAAUUUCUAAAGUUUCUAAAAAGAUGAUUAAAAAAUGAAAAACCAUUCGAGACACUUCUCCAAAAUUCUCGUUCGUUUUAAUAUAAGUAUUGUUCAUUGUUCGCAUAAUUACACUGCCCUGUUCAUCCCACAAUAAACAAAAAUAAUAAACGAAAUUAAUGAAUACUUCAUCACUUAACAUGAAGGAGCAUGAACAUUCCAACGGAAUAAUCGUUAAAUAAGGGAAGAGUGGAAGCCAAUCAUCCUCGUUACCUCAACAUCAUCAUUAAUUUAUUUAAAAAAAUCAUGAAGAUAAUGCCAAGUCAAUGAGCUUCCAGUCAACCACUGCCGACGUUAUUGAAUGCAAUUUUAUUUUUCUCUAACUGUCUCUGUUCUCAAUAAUUGUAUUUAGUUUAUAAGUGAUAUAAAAGAACAUUAUUAACUCGUGAAUAAUUGAUGCAGUCAUUGAACGUUCAAUUUAUGUAAAUGAAACGUUCGAGGGUAAUUUAAGCGUUUAAUGACUGGAAUGAUAAUACAGACUCACUCACAACGUUACAUAAUAAUAAGUAUAAAAUCGGAUUGUAUGCGAUUAAAAGUGUAUACACUGCCUUAUUUAUUGUAACACAUAAGUACACUAUUUGUUAUGUGAGGAAAGUGGAUGAAGGAAGGAACCAAGGCGAGGAAUAAACAUUAGAAUUUGAUAAUUUGA